CGGGAGUCCCAGCUCUAGCCCCCGCCUUAGGCCAUCCCGAGCCGAUCCCUGGCCGGAGCCGGAGGCUGCUGCCUGGGGCUCGUCCAGCCUCCGCUCCGCUGCCCGCGCCGUGCCCGCAUCCCGGAGUCCGGCUCGACCCGUGGCGGCGCGGCAGGUGUCCCUGGAGCUUCCCACGCACCUACCCAGCCCCCUGCUCGCUUGUCUUGGCCUCCCCUCCCUGGGCAGCAGCCACCAUGUUCUCGUGCGUGAAGCCCUACGGAGACCAGAACUACUCAGCCCUGAAGCGGGCCUGUCUGCGCAGGAAGGUGCUCUUCGAGGACCCCGACUUCCCGGCCACCGACGACUCGCUGUACUAUAAGGGCACCCCGGGGCCUGCUGUCAGGUGGAAGCGGCCCAAGGACAUCUGCGAGGACCCCCGCCUCUUUGUGGACGGCAUCAGCUCCCACGACCUGCACCAGGGCCAGGUGGGCAACUGCUGGUUUGUGGCAGCCUGCUCAUCGCUCGCCUCCCGAGAGUCGCUGUGGCAAAAGGUCAUCCCAGACUGGAAGGAGCAGGAGUGGAACCCCGAGAAGCCCGAUGCCUACGUGGGCAUCUUCCACUUCCACUUCUGGCGCUUUGGGGAGUGGGUGGACGUGGUCAUCGAUGACCGGCUGCCCACGGUCAACAACCAGCUCAUCUACUGCCACUCCAACUCCCGCAACGAGUUCUGGUGUGCCUUGGUGGAGAAGGCCUAUGCCAAGCUGGCAGGCUGUUACCAGGCCCUGGAUGGAGGCAACACGGCGGAUGCCCUGGUGGACUUCACCGGUGGCGUUUCUGAGCCCAUCGACCUGACUGAGGGUGACUUUGCCAACGACGAGGCCAAGAGGAACGCGCUCUUUGAGCGCGUGUUGAAGGUGCACAGCCGGGGAGGCCUCAUCAGCGCCUCCAUCAAGGCCUUGACAGAGGCGGACAUGGAGGCACGCCUGGCAUGCGGCCUGGUGAAAGGCCACGCGUACGCCAUCACUGAUGUGCGCAAGGUGCGCCUGGGCCAUGGCCUGCUGGCCUUUUUCAAGUCUGAGAAGCUGGACAUGAUCCGCCUGCGCAACCCCUGGGGCGAGCGAGAGUGGACUGGGCCCUGGAGCGACACCUCAGAGGAGUGGCAGAAGGUGAGCAAGAGCGAGCGGGAGAAGAUGGGUGUGACUGUGCAGGAUGACGGCGAGUUCUGGAUGACCUUCGAGGACGUGUGCCGAUACUUCACCGACAUCAUCAAGUGCCGCCUGAUCAACACAUCUUACCUGAGCAUCCACAAGACGUGGGAGGAGGCCCGGCUGCGUGGGGCCUGGACGCGACACGAGGACCCGUGGAAGAACCGCAGUGGGGGCUGCAUCAACCACAAGGACACCUUCUUCCAGAACCCGCAGUACAUCUUUGAUGUCAAGAAGCCAGAAGAUGAAGUACUGAUCAGCAUCCAGCAGCGGCCAAAACAGUCCACCCGUCGGGACGGCAAGGGCGAAAAUCUCGUCAUUGGCUUCGACAUCUACAAGGUGGAAGAGAACCGCCAGUACCGCAUCCACAGCCUGCAGCACAGGGCCGCCAGCUCCAUCUACAUCAACUCGCGCAGCGUCUUCUUGCGCACGGACCAGCCUGCCGGACGCUACGUCAUCAUCCCCACCACCUUCGAGCCCGGCUACACCGGCGAGUUCCUGCUCCGCGUCUUCACUGACGUGCCCUCCAACUGCCGGGAGCUGUGCCUGGAUGAGCCACCUCGCUCUUGCUGGAGCUCCCUGUGCGGCUACCCCCAGCAGGUGACCCAGGUGCAUGUCCAGAGGGCUGCUGGUCUCAAGGACUCCCCAACAGGGGCUAACUCUUACGUGAUCAUCAAGUGUGAGGGAGAAAAAGUCCGCUCGGCCGUGCAGAAGGGUACCUCGACGCCCGAGUACAAUGUCAAAGGCAUCUUCUACCGCAAAAAGCCGGGCCAGCCCAUCACUGUCCAGGUCUGGAACCACCACGUCCUGAAGGAUGAGUUCCUGGGCCAGGUGCAGCUGAAGGCUAACCCAGAUGACCUCCAGGCGCUGCACACCCUUCACCUCCGAGACCGAAACAGCCGGCAGCCCAGCGACCUGCCCGGCACCAUCGCUGUGCGCCUCCUCAGCAGUGCCUCCCUCACGGCCAUCUGAGCCCGCCCGCCGCCUGGCCCCACAGUUCUCACCGCCGUCUGCAUGUCCCCAGCCAGGGACUAGCCCGGGAGCCAGGACACUGGGGUCCUUUUCUCAGCUUUCCCACUGACUUGCUGUGUGACCUUGGGAGGUCUCUGCCCAUCUCUGGGCCUCAGUGUCCUGAGGACCCCAAAGCAUUCCUUUCUCAUGGAGGAGUCUUCUUGCCUGAGAUUUAACAUCACCCUCCUUCCCCCAACUGUCACCACUGCUAAGGGACUCUGUCCAUCGAAAAUGUUUUCCCAAGGCCCUGCUGUCUGCCCGACGGAGUGCCAAGAAGAUGUCACUUGUUUACACAGAAACUGCCACAUGCCCGAGCCUCACUCUUGCCCCUCCCAUCCUACGCCUGCCCCAGCGCCCCAGACACUGCUUUCUCCGUCGCCUACACCUGCUUUCCUAGGCACCUUGAAAGGACUCUUGGCUCUUGCUGGGUUCCUGCCGAGGUUGGAGUUUGGGAAAUGUGCAGGCGACAUUUGUUCAUUUUGAAUCCCAUCCACCCGCUCAUCCGUGUAUUUAUUCAACAGACAUUUGCCAAGUGAAUAAUAGAUGCCCAUGAGAGCCCAGGGGGAGCCGCGCCCCUGCCCACGGCUCCGGGAGACCUGGCGUCAGUCCUGGGCCUCACCUCUGCUCCGAGGGCUGCUCGGGCAGAUCCCCAGAGGAGCUGCAGCGACCUUCGCAUCCCAAAUUCUGGUUUUGACCGCAGCCUUCCGGUCUGAGGUGCCCGGAGAUGCUUUGGCAGUGAUGGAAAGGAAGGGUGCCUUCCUGCCUCCGCUUCCCAGGUACCAGGAGGAGUGAGCCCAGUGUAGUGCAAGGGCCCCAGCGGGGGGAGGGCCUGCAGACCCGAGUCUCAGGACCCCUCUGCUGCAAGACCUGUGCUUUGCUCGGAGAAGGGGCUCUGGGCGUUGGUGUCAAGCCUGCCAGGGUCAGGUCACCCACUGGGCUAGGCAGGAGGACGGUAAAUCUAUCACCUGACCAGAGGCUCUCUGCCAACAUCCCCACAAAACGCAGCCAAGAAGGACACAGCUCUCUUCUUGCUGCCCGGACCAAACUGUUCCUUUUAGUGCUCAACGUUUUCUAUUCUUUCUGUUUUAAAACUCAGUUUUAACCAAGAGUCUUUUUUUUUUUUGUAAAGGAAAACUGAAAGCCUCUGAGCCUCUUUUGUCUCCUUAAACUCCAGUUCUUGUUGUCUUCUGAUUUUAUUUUUAUUUUUUUCUCUGAUUUAAUUUUUAUUCCCCUCGGGGAGGGAUAAGGAGUCCCCUCUUAGAAGAGGUCUGGAGGCGGGUAAGGAAGAAGGUGUUUGGUACUUCGAUGUACAGCAGGCUGGCACCAAUCUUGCAGGUGCUGUGACCUGCUCAGGGUCUCUCCUUGGCCCCUCUUGGGCUCCCGUCCAGGCAACGUCAGUGAAAAGGCACAGCUGGUUCAAGAAUGGGCAUUCCUGGGGUCUUCCUGAGAAUUCCUUUGGGAACCUGAAUUUUCAACUCAAGGUCUGGCUCUUUGUUCCAGCGUCCUGGCUGGAGGUGCUGGAUUCUUGGUUUUGCCUCCUCACCCUGUGGCUGGCUCCGCCCCCAUGUCCUGGCCCAGGGCACCGUGAGGGCCAGGAACUGAACCACAAGGAGGGCAAGAGGACUCCUGGGAAAGCUGGGACUUCUCAAGAACCUGGGCCCAGGGCCAGGACUCUGCCGAAGACCAGGAGCAAGUCAUUCAAACCUCCUGUGCCUCGAUUUCCCCCUUCUGCUAAGUGGGGCCAAUGAUUCCUGUUUGUCAGCACUCUUAGUAACAAGUGCUGAGUAAGGGCAAAACCAUAGCCUGCCUCUAUGUAUCUCUGUAUGCGUGCACACUGUACACACCCAUGUAAUCACUUUUCAAUGUCUGUUUCAAAUGAAUGCUCCUGAGUCAGGGCGGAGAGGAGGGGGCUGGAUAAGCCAGCUUGGGGCCUCUAGGGUGGACGUGUGGGUGUUUUUCUCAGCCACGUCCACCUGGGCCUUGAGCGAAGCAGGACCAACUUGCAGACCUGUGAGCUUCGGCCCUGGGGCUGGGCCCUGCUCCCUCCCUGCCAGCAGAGCUUGUUCAGCAGCCCUGCCCUUGCUUCCUGCCCCUCUGGGUGGGCCAGGCUGGUUCCUGGAUGUAGAGAGGUUCCUGGGCCCCAGGAGGUCCUGGGGACGGGGCAGGUGAGGUUGGAGUUCUUCCAGGCUGGGACCGGAGGGCAGGUGGGGAGAACAAUCGCUGCAUGCGCGCCUGACGCACCUCGGUCUGCAGGGGCCCAGCCCCCAUCUGCAGAUGGGUGGGGCUCCGGGUCCGCACCACCGGAUCUG